AUACUAAACUUCUUUCUUGAAGUAAAACAAAAACAGCUAAAUCAAAAAUGGCUUUGCACAAAGUUCCUCUCAUUGGGCUGCUUUUGCUCCUAACCAUCGUCGUCUCUCCAGCAACAGCUGAUGGACCUGUUUGCCCUCCGUCCACCAAACUUAGCCGGGCAAGUUUCCCUGAGGGUUUCUUAUUUGGCACGGCUACUGCAGCAUAUCAGGUUGAAGGUGCAGUGAAUGAAACUUGCCGUGGACCGGCCUUGUGGGAUAUCUUCUGUAAAAGAUAUCCAGAGAGAUGCAAAAACGAUAAUGGCGAUGUGGCCGUUGAUUUCUUCCAUCGUUAUAAGGAAGAUAUUCAGCUAAUGAAGAACCUAAACACAGAUGCCUUCAGACUCUCUAUCGCGUGGACAAGAAUAUUUCCUCAUGGGAGAAAGGAGAAAGGAGUGAGUCAAGCAGGUGUGCAGUUCUACCACGACCUCAUCGAUGAGCUCCUAAGAAAUGGUAUUGUUCCCUUCGUGACUGUUUUCCACUGGGACACUCCACAAGAUUUAGAAGACGAAUAUGGCGGCUUUCUAAGUGAAAGGAUUGUGAAAGAUUUCCGGGAGUAUGCAGAUUUUGUUUUCCAAGAAUACGGUGGAAAAGUGAAACAUUGGAUCACUUUCAACGAGCCAUGGGUUUUUGCUCACGCCGGUUAUGACGUAGGCAAGAAAGCACCAGGGCGUUGCUCUUCUUACGUCGAUGCAAAGUGCCUAGGCGGACGAUCGGGAUACGAGGUUUAUCUCGUCAGUCAUAACCUCCUUAACGCUCACGCAGAAGCCUUUGAAGCUUUCACACAAUGUGAAAAGUGUAAAGGAGGAAAGGUCGGAAUCGCACAUAGUCCGGCUUGGUUUGAACCACAUGACUUUCAGGAUUCACAAGAUGGUGCGUCCAUAAGCCGUGCACUUGACUUUAUGUUGGGAUGGCAUUUGGAUACUACCAUGUAUGGGGACUAUCCACAGAUCAUGAAAGAUAUUGUUGGACACAGACUGCCCCAAUUUACUGCUGCGCAGAAAGCAAAACUGAAAAACUCGGCCCAUUUCGUAGGCCUCAACUACUACACAUCGACAUUUGCAAACCAUGUCGAGAAUCCAGAUCAUUCUAAACCAAGAUGGAAGCAAGAUUCUCUUAUUUCAUGGGAACCUAAGAAUUCAGACAAAUUGACCAUUGGUAGCACGCCUUCCACCGGUAAGCUACCCGUUUUCGCAAAAGGCUUUAGAAGUCUUUUGAAGUACAUCAAGGAUAAAUAUGCAAACCCUGAAAUUAUGAUCAUGGAAAAUGGAUAUGGAGAAGACCUUGGGGAAACCGAUUCAGUUGCAGUUGGUACUGCUGAUCACAACAGAAAAUAUUAUCUUCAGAGGCAUCUUUUGAGUAUGAAUGAAGCUAUUUGCAUCGACAAAGUAAAUGUUACAGGAUACUUUAUAUGGUCAUUGUUGGACAACUUUGAAUGGAAUGAAGGUUACAAGAGCAGAUUCGGACUCUACUACAUCGAUUUCAAAAAUAAUCUCACACGUAUUGUAAAAGAAUCGGGAAAGUAUUACAAAGAGUUCCUAAGUCAAGGUGUCCGUCCAUCUGCUAUCAAGAGAGAUGAGCUUUGAUCUAUAUGUUCUUGAGGAUUUGGUUUCGUCUCAAUGUUUCGAUCUCUUCUGUUCUUUUUAGUUUGUGAUUGAGUUGACCAAGAUUCAUGAGAUCUUGGUUAGAAUAAAAGUGUUUUUGUUUUUUCAUUUCUCAAUGCUUUGGAAUUAUAAUAACAUAUAUCCCUUUA